CGCUCCACCGGGCCAGACGCCGUCCCGGAACGCGAAAGCACGAAAUUCGCGCACAUUUCGACCAACCGUCGAACCGCGAUGUCUACCGAUUCAACACGUGAGGUGAUCCUCGUUAUUGGGAAAAAAACUUUAAAGGACAAAUCUCGAUCGGCGAUAUUAUAAUAUCACUCAUUCUUCGACCCUCGAUCGACGCGAUUUCCUCCAGAUUAAUAUCGAGGCUUUCAUCAUCCAUUAUUUCACCGAUAAUUAUAUCACCCUGUCUACGAUAACUAAUAAUACAAAGACGAUACGUGCAGUUACAUCUUUGUGUGCAGUUGUCAGUGAUUGUUAAUUAAUUUUCGCGGGAUACCCCGUUUUCUUUUUUUUUGCUCCAUUCCGAAGGUCGUGCAGAUUUUUCGUUGAGACGUCAAAAAUCGUAAAAAAUCAAGAAUUGAAUCGAAGAUAUUUGAAAAUCCCUGAGUUUCGCCUCUGACCCUACGGUAACAAGCGAUUUGGAAAUAAUUUGUGGGAAAGUGGCGAUGUACACGCAUGAAUCCGACUAACAAUUGAAAAACUAAUCCUGUGACAUGAUGCAGACCCAGCAGUCGGAGUGAAAAUUUUUAAAAUAGGAAAAAAGUUCAAAUUUGUACCUCAACUUUUGAGAGCUUAGACAACUAAAUAAAUCUACAUAUAGCGUGGCUAUAGGUCAGUGCUAAUUCAUUGCCUCGGACAACUGCAAUAUUUUGCAACUAAGAGGAUAAAAAAAUUUAAACAAAAACAAAAAAAGGAAAAACUUGCAAUCGGAGUUACACAACUUUCGUACUAUAAUCGUGGUGUAUGAAUUGUGAGAAUUUCUCUCAGAAACGAUGAUCGGAGGAGUGAAGUAACUCGUUUGUGAAAAUAUCGCGUGAUCGUUGGACACACACCGUGCAGCAAACAAGAUCAUCGAUGAUUCGAUAUCCGGACUCUAACCGGAGCAAUAACUAAAAAGGAUCCAACAAGAGAAGACGUAUCGAUAUUAUAGAUAGCAGAGAACUUCUCGUUCACCGUAUCCGUGGAUGGGGUUGAAAAUGUUGGGUGUGCUUUUGGCAUGCGUCUGGCUAGCUGCCGGCUCACCGAUUCCUCCGCUAAAUGAUAUCAUCGGGGGUUCAUUUAUCAAGAGUUACGGGCCAGCAUUGUACGACACGGAAUUCCUUCGCGAACAUCAUCGCGGUGACAGGAAACGUCGUGACAUUGAGCAGGAGGAGAUGGAGAAGUUGGGAAAAUCGGGAACAUCGUAUUCUACUCUUGGAACUGAAGAGCGACCGCUCCUCUUGCGUCUUCGCGCUCUCGACAGGGUGUUCAAGAUGAGGCUCGUAAGGGACGUCGGCUUGUUUGCCCCCGACGUUGAAUUUGAAGGUUCAAAGGGUCUGCCCAUCGCAUUCAACACUCUGCAUACCUAUACCGGGACACUCGAAGAUGACGAGACCGCUUUGGUGCACGGCGUUGUUACUUCAGACGGUCUCUUCGACGGCACAGUGAGUACCUCAAGGGAAGAAAUUUACAUAGAACCGGCAGGCAGGUACUUGAAAACGAGAGGACGACGAAGAAGAAGUCGACGAAGUCAACGGAGAAAUAGUAAAGAGGAAUUUCAGCCACAGAAUAACGUCAACGUCAACGUCGACGUCGACGUAAGUCCGAUCUACCACACGAUAGCAUAUCGCUCCACCGACGUUCAAAAUCCAAGGCAAGAUCAAGAGCACUCGUGCGACAGCGAACGUCUCUACCGAAACGGUAGCCUCAAUUUCAACAAAACUUUCAGAAGAAGUGAGAGCCCGUAUCAACCGAACACCUCGCAACCGAUUUAUCAGCACCUGAACGAUGGAAAAUCUCACGCAAAGCCAGGCUUUUAUCCCAAGGAUGCUCGAAGAAAGAAUCCAACUGCGAGCUCCCACAAUUUAGAACUACUCGACAAAUUGUACCGAGAAAGGUACACCCGAGUGCUUCGCAAACGAACAUCAGUGGACCCAAAGAAAACAACUUGUAUGUUGUAUCUACAAGCUGAUCACACUUUUUUCGAUCACUAUAAUUCCGAAGAAGCUUGCAUCGAAGUGAUGACGCGACACGUUCAAAAAGUCAACGCGAUAUACAGGUACACCGAUUUUAACCAGGACGGGCAACCCGAUAACAUCAGUUUUAUGAUUAAACGCGUCAAAGUACACGGUGAGGACGCCCUCCAAGAUCCAACGUACCGUUUCACAGGUUCAUACGGAGUAGAGGAAUUUCUUGAACUAUUUUCCGAGGAAGACUACGACGCUUUUUGUCUGUCGUACAUGUUUACAUAUCGAGACUUUGAGAAGGGAACAUUGGGAUUAGCGUGGACUGGAGAUUUGAAAAAUGCCGGAGGAGUCUGCGAGAAAAAUGGGCAUUACAGAGGCAGCAUGAAAUCGCUUAACACCGGUAUAAUCACGCUUCUGAACUACGGGAAACACGUGCCGCCUGCCGUAUCACACGUCACCCUGGCCCAUGAAAUCGGACACAACUUUGGAUCGCCCCACGACCCGGACGAAUGUUCUCCCGGAGGUGAGGAUGGCAACUUUAUAAUGUUCGCCCGAGCAACCAGCGGUGACAAACGAAAUAACAACCGUUUCAGUCCCUGCAGUUUACUGUCCAUCAACCCCGUACUAAACACCAAAGCAAGAUCCGCAAAGGGUUGUUUUGCCGAACCACAAUCCGCCCUAUGCGGAAACGGCGUCGUCGAAGAAGGCGAAGAGUGCGAUUGCGGUUGGGAAGAAGAUUGCAACGAUCCCUGUUGUCACCCUCAAAGACGUCAUCACGCGAUGCAUGAAAUACCGUGUCAUUUAACCGAAGGAUCGAUCUGCAGUCCAAGUCAGGGGCCAUGUUGCACGUCCGGAUGCACUCUACGUACCGGAGACAAAUGCAGAGACGAUAACGGAUGUCGAGACGCAAGCUUUUGCGACGGAUGCGGUCCCCAGUGUCCGCAAUCCAUCAACAAACCAAACAAAACUAUAUGCAACGAGGAGUUCGUCUGCUAUAUGGGAGAAUGCACGGGAAGCAUUUGUCUGGCAUACGGUCUCGAAUCUUGUCAAUGUAUCGCAGAACCCGACGAUCCACCAACGAAGAGUUGCGAACUUUGUUGCAAACUACCAGGAGAGAACGAACCUUGCCUAUCGUCCUUCGUUUGGAAUUCUCCACCUUACGACAUACCCGACAUGUUCUCCAAGCCCGGUACCCCGUGCAACGAUUACAACGGUUACUGUGACAUUUUCCAAAAAUGUCGUGAGGUCGAUCCUAGCGGUCCUCUGGCCACCCUCAGAAGACUUUUACUAUCAGAUGCGAGUCUGGCAACUUUUCAACGAUGGAUCGUUGACCGUUGGUACGCCGUUGCCAUCCUGGUUCUAUCGGUGCUGGUGGUUUUGAUCGUGGUGGCACGACUUUUUGGCAGACGCGCUGGCACGAGAAUUGGUAAACUCUCGGUUCUCAAUGUUUCUCCUCCUUCCGGUACGGGGGAAAAUCAAUCGGACGUGAAACAAGGAAAUGAAAAGAAGCAGCAGCAGUCUAAUCAACAAGGGUCAAAUAUCGUCGGUAUAAACGUGACUAGAAUUAAAAAACGAAUCAUUGAAACGAUGAAAACUAUAACAUCGCCGCGAAAAAGAAGCAUUCGAGACAGUAACGGUAUCGAUAUACGAGGAAGAUCGUGUCUGUCAUCUUCAGAUCUCCAUAUUUCAAAGCUUAUAAAUUUUCUAUAUCGAAUUGAGAGUAAAGAUAUUACCGAGGAUAAAAAGAAUAACCUUCAAACGGCAGAAAAAAAAUUUACAAAGGUAUUGGAAACUGUCGAAGAAUAUGAUGGUGAAAACGAUCAAAGGAGGCGACUUUCAUACAGCGGUAGCGGUAACGGUAGCAAUAACAUUGAAGGAAAUGAUGGGAUGAUUCUUUUAUCUGAAAAUAAAUCAAAAGAGGAUUUCGAAUUCAGUACUACUGACCCCCGGGAGCAGAUAACGAAUAACAGAAAGACGAACCGUCAAUCCUCGAUAUCGAAAAAUAAGAAAGUGACGAUGAUAACCCCUCUGAAGGUAUCAGACAAAAAUACAUCGAAUCCUUACCGUGAGAAUAACUGGGAAGAUGAUAAGGUUGAUCGAAAUAAGAGCGAGUCCGACGUCAACGGUUGUCUCAUCGAAGAAAAGAGGAUCGGAAAUUGGCUCUUCAGAUUCAGCGAUAUUUUGAAUGUCUCUAAAAACAAAUCAAAGUCUUCGUCGCCGAUCGAGAACACAGUUGACACGAAAAACAAUUCAUCGAUAAAUUCUACGUGGAAUUUCGGUCUAAACUUUCAUAAAAUUGAUAAACUACGUUGUUCCGGUUCGCCAAAAUUACGAAACAGUGGAUGUUUAUCCUCGUCACAAAAUCGAUCGGGAGAAGACAUUGAUAAUCAAUCUGCAGAACCUUUGGUUGAACCGGAUACACCGGAAACACCGGAAACACCGUCGGACGUUUCAACAUCACGAAUGACAUCUGACCUUGUUGAAUUGUUACAGGAAAGUUAGUGUGAAUCGAAUGAAAAAUUAAUGUUAUUUUACGGGAGCUGCUGGCCUCCAAAAGUUUCAACGAAAAAGUGAAAAACUUAGUCUGAGACAUUCGCGAAUAAUGCCAGAUGGGGAAAUCGCAUAAUAAGCAAACAUAGGUAUAUUCAUUCGAUUUAUAAGGUAUACAGUAUAAAUCAUUAUUAGUACAAUUGUAUGAUAAUAAGAAAGGUUGAGGAAAGAUGAACGUUAACGUUAACAUUAACGACGGCAUAAUUGUAAUUAUAAAUUGUAAUACUGAACUAGCAAAUUUUAAGUAUGUAAUUUCUGAGCUGCUGUAUGAUCGUGUAAUGUUUUGUAAUGGAAAAAGAGAAAAAAAAAAACCAAAAAAAGAAGUUAAAGAUAUAUAUA